UCUGAGUAUACUAGCGACCAAAUGUUCAUGAGAGAAGAGGACCUUUGUGGAUUUAGAUUAGAAGAAUAGCGCCACGGUUAAUCCGGAAGAGGAAGUGUGCGUGCCUUGGUCUAGCCCUUCCUUUUCCUCUCUACUCCAUUUUGUGAGGUGCUGUCGGCGGCUGGCAACGAGGCCUAAUAUAGCUUCCUUCUUCCUCCGCAGUAGCCGUCGCCGCCCUCUUUCUCCACAUCAUGACGGACCGUUACACGAUCCACAGCCAGCUGGAGCAUCUGCAGUCCAAGUACAUCGGGACGGGCCACGCGGAUACCACCAAGUGGGAGUGGCUGGUGAACCAGCACCGGGACUCGUAUUGCUCCUACAUGGGCCACUUCGACCUGCUCAACUACUUCGCGAUCGCAGAGGACGAGAGCAAGGCCCGCGUCCGCUUCAACCUCAUGGAGAAGAUGCUGCAGCCGUGCGGGCCUCCCGCCGACAAGCCCGACGAAUCUUGAGCUCUGGAGCCUCGCAGCCGCCGGGCGCUCCCCCCCGACCCCCAAGGAGAGGCAAGAGAAAUGGCGGCAAGCCGCAUCCGACACUUUCAUAGAGCGGGGAGGGCGGCUUACGGGCUUCCCGCGGUGAACUGUGAAAAGUCGCGCUGGGGAGACUGAGGUGACGGCGGCGGAUUGUUCCGCUCUGGCGGCGGUUCUCACUUGAAGGGACGUGGAGAGUGCUCUGCUUUCAGGACUCAACCCGCACUCUAAUUUUGUAACGUUUGGGCAACUCUAAUAAACGCUGUGUUCUAUUUUCUAA